UUCGAUGCAUCGAUUUUUUUUCAACAGUUCUAAAAUUGAGCAAUGGGGCCAUUUCGUGUAUAUUUUCCAAUUUUAUUUGUUAAUUUAAUUUGUUUUACCUCAUAUUCAACUGCGAAUGAAGUGCAAGGCUGUGGAGGCUUUAUCAAGAGUCAUGCAGAGAUUGAUUUUUCUAAAGUAGAAGUAAAGUUAUUAACCAAGCAAGGCUCCUUGAAAGAUAAAACUGACUGUUCACCAUCCAAUGGUUACUAUUUUCUGCCCAUUUAUGAUAAAGGCGAAUAUUCAUUGAAGGUGUCACCUCCUCCGGGAUGGAGCUUCGAACCGGAACAAGUAGAACUUAAUUUCGAUGGCGAAACGGACUUGUGUAGUCAAGGAAAAGAUGUAAAUUUCGCAUUUAAGGGUUUUGGUAUUACUGGUAAAGUAAAACUUGCAGGCCAUGGUGGCAAUGGUGUUCGUGGCGUAAAUGUUGUGCUGAAUUCGGAAGAUGGUAGCGAAGAACGUCGUACCACUACCGAUAUUAGUGGCAUAUUUUCCUUUACUCCCAUAAUACCGGGAAAAUACAAAUUGCGUGCAACACAUCCGGAAUGGCAUUUUUCGAAAUCUGAACAUAACGUCUUGGUGGAAAGUGGUAACACGGAACUCCCAGAAAAUUCUUUGGUCGUUGGAGGUUUUAAUGUACAGGGGCAUUUAGACACAAAUAAUGAGAUAAUAUCAGGAAUUGGUGUAGCAAUAUUUAACAAAAAAGGGCAAAAUCUUCCACUGUUAUGCUCAAACGCUAUUCCUAUAACGUUGUCCGUUAAGUACGAUGAUUAUGAACCAGUUUCAGCUUGUCACACCCUAGUCGAUAAAAAGGGAGAUUACGUUUUUAAAGGUGUUCCACCCGGAAAAUAUUUGGUUCAGCCACAUGUUGAAAAUCGCGGAAAUAAGUUACAUAUUGCACCCAAAUAUCUGGAAUUGGAUGUCAAAAAAGAUACACUUAUAUUAAAGGAUGCUUUUAGAAUUACUGGAUUUAGUAUAGCUGGCAAGGUACUUUCGUCAUCUGAUGGCGUUCCGAUUGAAGGAGCUAAAAUCAAAUUGAAUGGGGAACAUGUAGCUGAAACAAAUGCUGAUGGCUCGUACACCCUGGAAAAUAUGAGAUCUGGAAGUUAUAAACUUCUCGUAGAAUAUCCAAAAUAUGAAUUUAAUGAAAAAGAAGUCAAUUUAGAAAUAACUUCAUUAAAUAUUGAUGAUAUAGUACCCAACGCUUACGAAGUUUGUGGAAAAGUUGUGUCACAGAAAUCGUUCGUGAUAGGAAUUACAAAACACGCAUCCACUUUUCAUACCACCGUAUCAAGUAAGCCUGAAACUGGCGACUGGUGCACAUUUUUGCCGAGUGGAAAAUUCAAUAUUGAAGUACUGACAACCGACGAAGAUAAAGCCAGCGGUAUACAAUUUUUCCCGGUGCAACAACAAAUAGAAAUUAAAUCGCAACCCUUAAGAGGUAUCAUAUUCUCACAAUUACGCGCAACAUUGUCCGGAGAAGUUAAAUGUCUUCACGAUGCGCCUGAGGUGUGCAAUGAAGUUUUGGUAACAUUACGUUCAUUAGACGCUGUAGGACAGCCAACAGGACAGCAGCAGGAAGUUAAAGCGAAUGAAGGAAAAUACUCAAUUAAAGAUCUACUUCCCGGCCCAUAUGAGAUAACGAUACCGCAAUCAAACUUAUGUUUUGAUUCAACUACGGUUUUCGUUAAUAUUCUUAGUGCUAACGAAGUUGCAACACCUUUCGUCCACCGAGGCUAUGAAGUUUCUAUAAUUUCAAGCCAUCGCGCAAUUAUGAAAUACGCUUAUAUCGGCGUAACAGGAGAUGUCCAGCAACGUCAGCUACCAGCGGAAACCAUAAAAUUGCUCGCCGGUGUAAACACCUUCUGUGUGCCUUCAUUUGGUACAUACAAAAUUAAACUAGAAAGCUGUCACAUUUAUGAUGAUAGCUUACCUAAAACUUUUAGCACAACAGAUGGUAAUCCGAUUAUAAUUAAUGCGAUUGCACAUAAAAUCGGUGUGCGUGUACUCUCUUCCGACCCGUCCAAUGAUGCCUUACGUUUAAUAGCGGACUCCAAGUCUUUGGGUAAGCAAUUAAUCACUCCAACUGCUGAAGUACAUAAAGUAGAUGGAAAAUAUGCCUUCCGAUAUGAUACCCAUUUGCAACCGGACGAAAUUUUGCGAAUUACACCUCAAAGUGAUAUUUUACUUUUCUCACCACAAUCGAAAGAGUUAAAGGGUGGUAACGACUGUGUAGAUAUCGCGUUCAAUUUUAUUGCUACACGAGGAUUGAUUUUAAAAGGAAAAGUAGUGCCGGCAAUAAAAGAUGUUAUGAUUACACUAAGCUAUCCUAAACAUCCAGAAUUGGGUACACAAAUUAUUUACACAAAUACUUCUGGUGAAUUUAAAUUUGGUCCUAUCGAUGAGAAUCUAGUGUAUGAAAUAAAAGCUGAGAAGGAGUCAUAUAUCUUUUCUGAGUACAAUCGACAGACGGCAGUUUUCAAUGCUCAUAAAUUAUGUGAAAUAGUUGUAAAAGUCAAAGAUGAAAAGGGAAAAAUCUUGAAAGGUGUUUUGCUUUCACUAAGCGGCGCAGAAAGCUAUCGUAAAAACAUGAUCACUAGCGAAGAACCUUUAAAUUUCCAUUCACUUUCACCAUCACAAUAUUUUUUACGUCCAAUGAUGAAGGAAUACAAGUUUGAGCCCAACUCCAAAAUCAUAGAUAUUAAAGAUGGGGAAACUGUUGAGGUGGAGUUAAUUGGAAAACGUGUUGCUUACUCCGUUUUUGGAUCCGUAAACUCAUUAAAUGGCGAACCGUUUGGCCAAAUAAACAUCGAAGCUUUCACCGACGAAAGUUGCCAGCAUCAUCAAGAAGAAGCCACGAGCGAAAAUAACGGCCAGUAUCGCUUGCGAGGACUACAGCCUGGUUGCACGUAUCUUAUAAAGCCCAAAGAUAUUGGAAUGCCCGGUUCAAAUGUUGCAAGAUCAAUUCCGGACUCCCGAACCGUUCAUAUCGAACAAAGCGAUGUGCGCGGUGUAAAUCUUAUCGCCAUUAGUCCUAUUUCGUUUGUCGAUGUAGUAGCACGUGUUACCGCGACGCUGAAUGAUCACUACAAAACCUUACGUAUAGUUAUGUACCGUAAGGGCACUUCCGAUUCACCACUCCACUCACAACGGGUUGAAACUCCUCUAAAUCCAAAGUCUAACUACAAUCCUGGGGUUAUGGUUUUCUUCCCACGUAUACCGCUGGAUGGAAAAAGUUAUGUAGUUGAACUGAAGUCGACACUUUCCGACAAUACCUUUACUUACCUACUACCAUCGGAGACGUUUGUGGCGGAUACCAGCUCGGUUUUUGUUGAACUGGACUUUAAACCCGAAGUACGUGCAGCAGAAGCGGAUCUGAACCAGAACUCUAUUUCAGCUCUGAUUUUAGUCGCUUUAGUAUCGAUCGCAUUCUUCAAGCAAGACAUUGCUAUGGAUUUCAUUAAUUUUGCCUGGAGUAAAUUAAAUGACAUUGCACAGACGCAGAAACAGAAUAGUAAAAAGGAACCACGCAAUGCUGAACCAAUCAAUCAAAAGAAAAUUGAAAAAAUGGCCGAACAAAUAAAUGCAGUCACAAAGAAGAAAUCCAAAAAAAUAUAGGCCUUAGUCAAAAUCUAUAAAUCUAAAACAAAGUUGAUGCACUAUACAAAAGUAAUCGCUCUGUGCAUGACAUCAUCUUUGUUUCAAAACAGCUCGUAAAGUCACAAGUAGUGAAGGAGGAGGGUGAGUAAUAACUUGCAUAAACCUUGGAUCUUAACUGGGAUGAGUUAAAUGUGGUAUGGGGUAGUGAAAUGAAAAUAAGUAUUUUAAGUAAGUCAAUGUUAAAGUAAUAAAUAGUUUUAUUUAAACUAUUAAAAACAUAA